AUGCAGUACGCACAAACCGAAAAAGCCCGCCCGAUCCCGCCUCGAAUCAUUAUCCACGGCGGAGCAGGCAACAUCACUCGGGACAAUCUCCCAGACAAGUCCUACCAACAAUACCGCCAUGCCUUGUUAUCCAUUCUGCAUCGCGCCCAUCUGGACCUCCAACAGCCGCAUGCAACCGCUCUCGACGUAGCCACCUAUGCCGUGUCGCUCCUCGAGGAAGACCCGCUGUUCAAUGCCGGCUAUGGCGCCGUCUUCACCCGCGACGGCACACAUGAACUUGAGGCCUCUGUCAUGGUGAGCAGCGGCUAUAUCAAGCGCGGCGUCGGCGUGAUGCAAGUUCGCCACGCCAAGUCUCCCAUCAAAUUGGCCAGAGCGUUGUUGGUCCGAGGGCAAGGCGAGGAUGGAGGCGGGGCCCAAGGACAUUGUCAGCUCGCGGGGGAAGUCUGCGACCGUUUGAAUCGCGAAUGGGGCUUGGAAUCGGUCCUGCCGAGUUAUUUCUGGUCGCGCAGAAGGUGGGACGAGCACCGCAGAGGUCUGGGUCUGGAGCAUGAUGAUGCGACGUAUGAGAGGAAUCGACGACAGGCGGACGAGCGCAGGUCGUCAUGUACCACUGACGCAUUGCCCGCCACCGAUGGCAGUGCAGGGCGAGGAGAACAUCGUCCGCGGGAUCCCAGCUGGAAUGGUAAAGACUAUUUGCCCCAAGGUACCGUAGGAGCCGUAGUGCUUGACAGUGAGGGCACGCUCUGUGUUUGUACGUCAACAGGCGGCUUGACCAACAAACUAGCUGGAAGAAUCGGAGACACCCCAACGUUAGGUGCAGGCUUUUGGGCUGAGCAGUGGCACGAGAAGCGUCCACCACCUCCCCCAACCACACCCACCGUAUCAUGGUUCGCAGAUUGCUUGCCUAAUGCACAAGGGUACGCCUACACUGCUGUUGCUGAUGAAGAUGAUGAUGAACCGAAACGACGAGCCGUAGCUAUAUCGGGAACCGGCAACGGCGAUAGCUUCCUCCGAACCAAUGCGGCACGAACAGCAGCAGCAAUUGCCCGCUAUCACUCCUCGAACCCGAACCCGAACCUGUCCUGCUCAUCUUUGCAGAGUGCAGUCACAGCUGUGGCGGGUCCGCACGGCCAGCUGGAACAAUCAGCGGGUGACCGGUGGGGCAAGACGGGUGAAGGGGAAGGAGGCAUGAUUGGUAUUGAACUCCGAGAUGAUCACGGCCACAUUGUCUAUGACCACAAUUGUGGCGGUCUCUUUCGCGCCUGGAUCGAUGACCAUGGGCAUCCCCGCUUUGGCGUGUUCCAGGAUGAGAAGACGGUGCAGUCCUAA